AAUGUCUCAUUUACAGCCUGGAUUUAAUUCCCCAUUAGAGAGUCUUCUCAACUUCCCCACUCCCCUCUCUGCUCUGUUCUCUUCUGCAAUUCAAAAUUUCUCAUGGCCAACUUUAAUGUCAAAGAAGUUAUUCAUACACAGAAAGUUGAUGAAUUUGGCUAAAAAAUCACAACCCCACUUCGAGUUCACUCCAAAAAUUUGAUCUUUUUAAGGUUACAAGUCAAGAAUUUGAACUGGGUUUUACACCAGUAGUGAUGAGUUUGGUUGAAAAAUCUCUACCCCACUUCGAGUUUGCUCCAAAAAUUUGAUCUUUUUGUGGUUUCAAGUCAGGAAUUUGAACGGGGUUUGCAAUUUGCACCAGUAGUGUAUGGAGUCUGUGCUACCAUUUGUGGUGUAUAUAAGCUCUGACGAAGAAGAAGAAGAAGAAGGAGGAGGAAAACGGCGGCGUUUGGAAGAGAAGGUGGUGGAUAUGAGCAGCACUGACUAUGAAUGGAUGAAGGGGAUAAAGGGGUUUCUGGAAAUGGGCCAUGAAGAACAAGGCGAGGUUGCUUUGUUGGGAAAAGCAGAACAUGAGUCAAAGAUUUUGAAAGAAGGUGGUGAUGGUGAUGAUGAUGAUGAUUGUGUGAUUCUUGAGGGUGACCCGGAGAAGCUUGCUACCUCGGUGAAUGACUCGGCAACUGGGUCAGACUCGGAUGAGUUGUUUGUUGUUGGGGAGAAGGGUCAGAUUGCCUGCAGAGACUACCCUCAUCCCCGGCAUCUUUGUGGCAAUUUUCCCUAUUCUUCCACCCCUCACCAGAGACAUUGUAGCCAGUGCCAUUGUUAUGUUUGUGACGCCCCAGCACCAUGUCCGAAAUGGGGCACAGGUCUUUCUAGUGCAGAUCAUUGUCAUGCAACAGAUAAAUCUGAGAUGUGGAAAAUUCUGAGGCAUAGUUCCAAAUUGCGCAAGUCUGCUUCCUUAGCAGAUCCAACCACAUUGGGCAAGGCUGCUUCCUUAGCAGCUCCAACCAAAUUGGGCAAGGCUGCUUCCUUAGCAGCUCCAACCAAUUGUGGUAGUCUUGGUGAUGUUGUGAAUUUCCAACAUAACUACACUAUGCCCCUUGAUAUCAUACUGUCUCCAAAUUCCAUGUUUUUGAAUCAGCCAUCUAGGCCACCUCCAAUACAGACACACUCCUUAGAAAAUAGCAUACCUCAAGAUCGAGCCUCUCAGCAAGUUCUACUGAAUCCCAGCUUAAUACAUCCCAGCUCACUGAAUCAGCUUUCCAAACUAAAUACUGUACCUUUAUGCUCCACAGCCUUCAACUUUACAACAUCGAAUGGUGCAAACCAUGGUAGAUAUCAAGAGUUAGAAUCGACUAUGGUGAGAAACAUAUACCAGUCUCAUUCUGAUCCAAGGGAGUUGCUAGGUGUAAGUAAUCAUGCCAUCCAAAGAGAGACAGGACUGGAAGCUUGGAGUUUAAGGCCUCCUUCUUCUCAUGUGAUGUCCAAUGGAGUAAGUAACCUUGGUUUUGGGAACAACUUGACAAUGAACCAGUCUACUCAAGGUGCAUCCGGCUUCACCAAUUAUGUCAAUCCAGCGCCGCAAUAUGACAGAUAUCAUGCUGCAACAGGAUUUUCAAAUAGCAGAACCUGUUUCGAACCAGCUUAUGAACCCCGAUCAUAUUACCAAUCAAAUGAUAGCCAGAAUUUCGAUGGAAAUUGUAUUCAGGGUAAUGCAGCUCCUCCUUCGAGUUAUAUGGCUCACCUGAAUAGAAAUCAGCAUUUAUAUGAGCCUCAAGUUGGAACUCAAAGUAAACUUGCAGGAAAUAUUCUUGAAUAUGGAGCUACAAGGCAAGAUGGUUACCAGUUGAGACCUCAUGAUGAGAUUCAAAGUGAAUAUUCAAGAAUGGCAGGUCUUACAGCCUUCGAUUCAAGUUGGAUUGAGAAUACCAGUAACAACCUUUCUGGUCUUCAAAGCUCAGGAUCUAUGAGUAUACCAAUCUCACCCUUUGUAGAGGAGUCUAGUGCCCAGUUUCAGGGAAGCACUACUAAUCUCUCAAUGGGUGAUAUCAAACACUGGCCUUUUGAUGGAAACUAAGUACCACUUGAAGUGGAUGAUGUUGAUGCUUGGGCAUUACUGACUUUUACUUUUUUUUUUCUCAACAGUUUUAGUGACUUUUUAGCUCAGCACCUGCAUUAGACUCAUAACUCAGAUAUAAUUAGAGUAAGUGUUCAUAUUUCUAAUCAGCGCACAUUCCAAGACAGUUCGAAUGUAAUUUUGGUCAAUUCAUGUCUCUUAUGUCAUUGGAGUGAAUGUAUCCGUGACUAACUUGAACGUAUAUAGUAUAUACAAUCAAACACUAAACUGUCGGAUCUUCGAGCUUAGACACAAA